GGAAGCUCCCGUUUCCUCCAAACACCACUUGUAUGACACAAGUAAGAGUACGAGUCAGUACUCGUAUGAGAUACUAAUGAGAUACUAGCACUUUCCUCCCACCUCAAGCCCCCAAUAAACAAGCAUCCACUUUUAAAUACAGGUAGGAUACCAAUGGUGCACCGUAAUUCGCCCCAAGGUGAGUCACAACCCCUGCAACCUGGUUGUCUUGUAUUACUUGAGGAGCCUCUUUUUUCGGCAGGGAUCAGCCCAUGGGGAAAGCGGUCAACGCCCAGCGCCAACACCCCUCCAUAGCUCCCUCAACACCUACCCACCCUCCUCCACUCGACACUCAAAAUCCCCAUUCCCUUCCACCAUCUAACGACGACGACAACAGCGGGUCGGGGAAUCUCGCGGCAAGUUACAUUUUUCGCCAGGGGUGAAGGACCAUCAUGGAGCCCCACCGACAGUACAGUCCUAUUGAAACUGCUCUCCUAUGCCACGAACCUAUCGUUAGCUCCGUCCUUGCUUAUCUCGCUGUUCACGAAGUGGUGAUUCUAGCGAGCACUUGCCAUCCGCUCCGCUCUUUCCUGUUCUCUCACUCCGGUUACUGGCGCGAAACGAAUCUGUGUCCAUGCCCACCCGAGCUGGCUCUCAACCCGAGAGUUAUGAGAUGGGAUGGGCCAACUGAGCAAUUGGACCACUGGCGUCACAAGUUACUCUCGGUCUACAAAGCACCUUACAAUCGACCCGAUGACUACGAGCUUCUCACCAUUUUUCUCCGAACCCUCUUCGUUCGGAACCUGGUGCCUACCAUUCAAAUUACCAAGCUUGUCUUCGACGGGUUGCCCAUUAAGAGGGACAUUUUUUUUGAGAUCACCGACAGGUUGUCUCCUUGCUUACGGGAGUUGAGUGUCAGGGCCUGUGCUGAGCUGGAGAUGUCUGAUUUUAUCAAGUUGUUGGAUUUUCAAGAGCCCGCGCGACAGAGUCAUUUUCCGCCUAAUCUUAAGAAGCUCUCUUGUUUUGGCACCGUGGUGUACGAUGAACCCUACGAGAUUCGGACCAUGAGUUUAAGCCAUCACACCAGGAAGUCGUUGCAAUUGUCGCUUUCUCAUUUCCGCACACUCUUGAUUGCUCGGUCUCUCGAAUGUGAUAUCGGCCCAUGCUUGCAGUGUGAAGAGAGGAAAUUGGGGCUGCGCGGUGGUGACGUCUGCGCCAAUUGCGGUAAGGCUGACAACAUUGUGCGCUGCAUUAGUUGUGAGCACAUGGACAAUUUAGGGAAGAGAUGCGCUAGUUGCCGGAGGGGCUUUUGUUCACCAUGCCGUGAUAAAGUUAUGGAACGGUUGCCCGACCAACCCUCUUUUUGCAAGGAGUGCAUCGAACAUGUCUCCUCAUUCCCCGGUUGUGUCAAGUGCAAUCGGUCAAUGCCUCCAUCGACGGAUUACCCCUUGGGUAAAGACUACGGUAUAACCGGAUCCACGCAGGACGUUUGCGGGCUCUGCCAUAAAUGGAUGUGUAUGGCGUGUAUCGCGGGCGAAUAUCCAAACGAGGAGGGGGAUAGCAAGCGAUGGACAAUUCGUCAAUGCACAAACUGCUUCAACAACAUAUGCAAGGAAUGUGGCGAAAAGUAUAGCGAGGAAGACUAUGAGAAAGUUCUCAACUUACCCGCCGUCAGGGAAGCAAUUUCCCUAUGCACAAUCUACCGAGAUGUUACCGAAGCUCUAGGCGCAACUCCACCUCCUGAUGCGACAAUCUCAGUCCCUGGAGGGAAGAAUUGUACUGUUAGCUCAGAAUCUGUUAGGGUCAUGGCUCGCGAUAGAUUCAAGCAGGUCGGCCCACCAGCAAUAUAUAACCUAGUUAUACAACGCGCAGAAACUUGGAAGCCACUUUUGCCCCCGUGCGAGGAAUGCGAGCAGUGGUGGUGCUGGGAGUGCCGUCUUCGGUGCACUUGCCCUGAAGCGGAAACAGACACAGAGCUCCCGAACGGGAAUGCCGAGUCUUCCAACAGCGCCGAUAAGACACCCGAAACCGUUGACUGGAGCGAAAUGGAUUCUGAGAGUGUCGAUGGCAUGGACCAAGAUUCUAACGAGUCCAUCGAUCAGAGACAGUAUCCAUGCUUGGUCCAUAAUAAAGCCCUCGACAACAUCCACCCCGCCAUUGAAGAGUUUUGCUGGUCCUGCGGCCUCUGGCCACGCGAGUACACGGAUGAGCAAGAUGAGCGACCGGAGCACACCACCAGCGCUGCUCCAAGUCCAGCCACUGACGGCCGUACAAACACUGGAGAAGACGAAGACAUGGACUCCAGCGAUGAAUGGGAGUGGUACUCCCAUCGUUCGCACGCUUCCGUCGCGAGUUGGGACCAGUAACAGGUUUUUAAAAUAAAAAAAUGAAAAUGAAAAUGAAGACGAAAAAA